AUGACAAAGGUGGAAGGGAUAGUAAAUGCUGAAGUUAGAUCUGGUGGAUAUGGUGGGUCUGCCGGUUCCGGUGAGGGCGGUGAUCAUCAGAGGAACAACCGAAGUCAAAGAUACAACGCUGAUCAAUAUUUAAAUUAUUGUAUUUUAGUUUUGGAUGCCGGAAUUGACAAGUUGAGCAUUACAUGGAAGCUAAGCUCCACAGCUAAAAAGCAGGCUAAUUUUACGACCAUCAAAGUAAAUCUAUGCUACGCUCCGGUCAGCCAAGUUGACAGACCAUGGCGCAGGACCGAAAAUGAACUUUUCAAAGACAAGACCUGCCCACACAAGAUCAUCACCAGGGCCUAUAAUAAAUCAUCUCAAUCAUUUAAAUAUACCCUCGACUGCGACAUCCUCACCGGGACCUACUUCGUUCAUACCUACGCAGUUGAUGCCAAAGACUAUGAAGUUCCCUUUGGACAAAGCACGAACGAGGCCAAGACAACUAAUCUUUUCAGCGUUCAGGCUAUCAGUGGUCGCCACAAGAGCCUCGAUAUUGCCUCCGUCUGCUUCAGCGUCUUCUCCGUCCUAGCUAUGCUCGUCUUCUUCGUCAACGAGAAGAGGAAGGCCAAGUUAGAGCAAAGCAAAUGAGUCGUUUACUUCGCGACCGCGUAAUUGCGACGUUUUGCAAAAAAGCGUUGCCUUUGAAAUUUUUUAUCAGUUGUUUUUGUUUUGUUCUUACUUAUCUCUUUUGAACGUUUUUCUUACAUACUUGUAAGCCAUUCAUAAUGAGCCAAAACCUAAUCCUAUGGUGGUGAUGUGUUGUGUGCUUUCUAUAUUUUAUAUAUAUAUAUAUAUAUAUAUAUAUAUAU